AUGGCAGAAAUCAAAGCCAUCGAGGGCCGUUCGGUCCACCAAAUCCAGUCCGGCCAAGUAAUCAGCGACGGCCUCUGCUCCGCCGUUAAAGAACUAGUCGAAAACAGCAUUGAUGCAAAUGCUACUUCAAUAGAAAUCAGGUUCAAAAACCAUGGCCUUGACCUCAUUGAAGUUAGCGAUAAUGGUCUAGGAAUAUCCCCAGAAAACUUCGAUAAGCUAGCCCUAAAACACUAUACCUCUAAACUCCGCAGCUAUGAAGACCUUGAAAGAGUCACAACCUAUGGUUUCCGCGGUGAAGCCCUUAGUUCCCUAUGCGCCCUCUCAAAUCUUUGGGUUACAACUGCAACAGCGGAUGUAGCUCCCAAGGGUACAAAGUGCGAAUUCCAUAUCUCAGGCGCCUUGAAAUCGACCUCUGUGGCGUCUCAUCCAAGGGGGACAACUGUGUCCGUUGAAACAUUGUUCAGGAAUCUGCCCGUGAGAAAGCAAGAGUUGGAGAGGAAUAUAAAACGGGAGUUUGCCAGAGUGGUUAGCUUCUUACAAGCUUAUGCGAUUGUUUGUGUCGGUGUUAAAUUUACGGUUUAUAACCAUCCUCCUAAUGGGAAGAAGACCCUGCUAUUCAGCACCAAGGCAAACAAAACAACUAAAGAAAACAUUGCAAAUGUUUUUGGCGCAAAAGCUCUGGCAAACUUAAUACCUCUCAACUUGGAAUUCGAAAUGAAUACGCCUACAUCAGUUCUUCAUCGUGGCAGGGAAGAUACCCGGAAUGUCAAGAUUGUGGGACAUAUAUCCCGUCCGGUAUUCGGGGAAGGAAGACAAGCGCCUGAUAGACAACUGUUCUUUGUCAACUCGAGGCCUUGUAACUUACCGCAGGUGGCAAGGGCGAUUAAUGAAGUUUAUAAAUCCUAUAACCUUACACAAUCGCCAUUUGUAUUUGCGGAUUUGCAAUUGGAUACAACUGCAUACGACGUCAAUGUUUCGCCGGAUAAAAGGACUAUUCUCCUACAUGACCAAGCCAGCUUGCUAGAGUCGCUGAAAACCUCGUUGACAAAAUUGUUCGAUGGGGCAGAUCAGACAGUCCCAGCGGCGACGCAGUCGAAACUUGGAACGUUUAAGGUGACCGGUGCCGAGCCCGCAAAAACACCGGCGAAACGAAUACUUCAGCGGACCUCUGAUGAUGAAGAUGAGGACGGAAAUGAUGAUACUGUGGUAGCUGGACCUUCGAAGCAGCCCGAAAUUUCGGUUGCUGUGUUGGAAGAAAGUAAUGUUGAAGAAGAGGAAUCUAAUGCCGCUUUCUCGAGUCUUGUGUCGAAACUCCAUCGGAAUAGUAUAACGAGUGAACCGAGUGUCGAAACCGAACGACCUACGAGUUCGAGGGGUUUAACGUACGCACAAAAGGGAAAGAUAGCAAAGGCAUUUGCAGCCAAACAGCCAUCACAUAUAGAAAAUAACGAUGAAGAAGGGACUACUACACCAGCUGAGCCAUCCACAAGAACAGCCGCUGAGGAAGGAGAAGAGGAGGAAGAAGAAGAAGAAAUAAGUCCACACCCACGUUCCCAGUCCUCUCCCAAGCCCUGGAGAAGACCUUCGCCACAACCGACUACUAUCACAAUUGGGAACCGAACGGUCAUGUCAACACCAAAGCGUAGUCCGUCCAAGGUGUCGUCAAGCAUAGUGUCCUCGUCUUCACCAACAAGGAGGGUAGCGGCGAGGAGUAAGAAGGAUACAUUCGCGAAGAAGUUAAAGGGGUUUAGUGCACCUGGAACACAGAAUUCGUUGACGAUUCCUGAGGAUGAUAUUUCGGAAUCAGAAGAGGAGGCAGUACCUAUUGGGAGUCAGGAAGAUAACGAAGUGGAAUCUCCAAAGGAGUUUGAGGAGAGAGAAGAGAAUAUGAUACCAACCUCACAAGUACCCCGGAUAAGCAUUGGAACUGAAGACAUAGAGCCUAACCAAGAAGUUGGGCCAGAGGAAGAAGCCAACCCUCUGGGGAAGAAUUCGGAUAUUGUGGUGGAUUCCGAACCAGUAUCAACGGCGUCAGAGAGGAUGAUCCUCCCAUCUUCACCGCCUAGAGCUAGGCGCUCUGUAACAGGUUCCGUUAGGAAUGUUGAGCCAGUGAUAAAUGAAGAGAAUGGAACAGAAGAACAACAUCGUCAGCGGGAGCGUCGAACAGUUGAAGAACUGAUCGCACAGGCCGAAAAACCGCCCACAAAACCUUCUUUGCCAAAAGCCAACUCUACAACAGCCCAUAACAUCGACCUGAAAGACUCGACACACUGCCUCGUUCAAAAUAUUCGGUCCCUAUCAAUCGAUAAAAUACGGUCACUAGCUAGUACUCUUCGUCCUACAACCACUGACUUGAACUCCAAGGCAAAAGGGAAAUCAUCCAAACAAGACCUUCUAAAAUUCAACCCCGCCGAAGAGAGUUCCAAAGCGGAAGAAAGGCUUUCGCUCACAAUCGCAAAAUCUGACUUUGCGAAAAUGCGAAUAGCUGGUCAAUUCAACCUCGGUUUCAUCCUUGCUACUCGUCUCUCUGAAAAGGGGGACGGUGUCAACGAUUUGUUCAUCAUAGACCAGCAUGCUUCCGAUGAGAAAUAUAACUUUGAGAGACUACAGGCUGAGACGGUGGUUCAAAAUCAACCGUUGGUGAGGCCCAAAGUGCUGGAACUAAGUGCAAUGGAUGAACUAGUGGUUAUGGAUAAUAUGGACGUUCUUAAGAAGAAUGGGUUUGUAGUUGAGAUAGAUGAUGAGGGACCCGUAGGGAAGAGGUGUAGGCUAGUGAGCCUACCAAUGAGCAAGGAUAAGGUGUUCGAUUUGAAGGACUUCGAGGAACUGCUCCACUUGAUCCGUGAACAUCCAAAUGAUGACACAGUCCGACCAUCAAAGGUUAGGGCUAUGUUUGCGAUGAGAGCUUGUCGGAGUAGUAUCAUGAUUGGGCGAACGUUGGGGUUGAAGGAUAUGAAGAAGGUUGUUAAGCACAUGGGGGAGCUUGAUAAGCCGUGGAAUUGCCCACAUGGACGGCCGACAAUGAGGCAUCUGUGUGACGUGGGACAAUUGGAAUGUUGGGGGGAGGAUGGAGAGAGGGCCUUUGCAGAUGAUGAGGGGGGUGGGCCCGGUGGGCCCGGUGGGGCACACGAUGAAGACGAGGGAGGUGUUAAAGAACGUGACAAUGAAGUGGACGACGAGGACGAGGAAUGGGUGGAAUAG